UGUGGUGGCACUGAGACAUUUAUCUUCAUUUUGUGGUGUUCAGCGGCCUUAGCCUUCGUGGUGAAUGUCGUCGGCUCCAUCUCGCCUCGUUUUUGUGUCUUCGUGGUGUGCACAUCUAAUUUCAUUUUUGUCAAGUCCGUACGUCCGCAGCCAUUUUCAUUCAAACCACGUUUUUUGAGUAGUGUCAUUUUCGUUUUGUGAAUAACGUGGUUUUCAUUCAUUGUGUCAUCGUCCAGGGCUGUGGAUCGUUGCAGUUUUUUCGUUGGUGACUGCUUAAGUGGUCGUACGUACCAAUUCUGUGAUUUAUUUUCAUUUAUACACAGCGGUAUGCCGUCAUAGGCAAUUGUCUAAUCACAGGGUUGGUACGGUCGCGUGGAUGGAAUCAGCCAUUUCAACAUAGUCACAAAUAUUAUCUAGUCGUCAUGGGUAAUAAAAGACGCAUAGCGAGAACCGGUCCUGCCGCCGGCACCAGAGCCUCCACUAAGUUCGUGAACAUGGCCACAACCAUUAAAAAAGAAGUGAUUGAUCUUAAGGAAGAAUCUGGAAGAAUGAGAAACGUCUCAAUUAGAGAUAUUAGGGAUAAUCCAGCAGAAAAUACUGUAAUUAAAACAGAAAAAGAUUUAUUAAACAAACUUAAUUUAAAAAUAGAAAAUCAGUCAGAAAUAAUCGAUAAGAAAAAUUUAAUAGAUGAACCAGCUGCUCUCAAUGAAAACCUCAACUCUUCAAAUUUUGUAGUUCCAUCAAAUUCUAGUCAUGAAUUAAUGAAUAUAUUUAAAGAAGAAAUUGCAGAUGAUAGUACAAAAGAUCAAGUAAAACAAAGACGAUUAUCAAAAAAUUCUGAAAGUAUGAACGAAUAUAGUGAAGAAUCAGAUAUUGAUAGAGAUGGAACCACGACUAUCGAAGAUGAUCCAAAUAAACUUUGGUGUUUUUGUAGAAAACCUCAUAACAACGAAUUAAUGAUUUGUUGUGAUACUUGUGAAUUUUGGUUCCAUAUAAAAUGCAUAAGUGCUGCAAAGAAUUCGGCUAAACAAUUGGGAGCUGGUUGCGUUGAAUGGCAUUGUCCACUAUGUAUAAAAAAGAAGACUGAAGAAGCUCGUAAAAAAUCUGAUAAGAAGAAAACCAAUAAAAAAUUAUAUAAGGAUAAAAGAAAAAGAUCUGGUUCAAUAUCGCCAGUCAAGAAAACUGAUUCAAAAUCUACUAAAAUUGAACCUUUAUUACAGCAAAAUUAUGUCCAGUGUAAAAAGCUUUUUGAAGGUGAAUCUCUUAAACGAACUUCAUCAGAUGAAAUAUCAGUCAAUAAUAUGAUUAAAAAAUGUAAAUCCAUUUUAAGAGGUAGUAAUAGUAAUGAAAAAAUUGAACUUAUCAAUUUUAGUAAUAACCUCAAAUACAAUAAUCCUAUUGAAGUUCUUAAUGAGAUGCCUAAAGACAAUUGGGUUACGAAUGAAUAUCAAUCAAUUAAUAUCAAGAAUAAUACAUCUACUCCUAUAGCAAAAAUAACUAGUACUCAAGUAAAAGAAGAUCAUAAAAUAUAUGAUGUAAGUGAAAGUAGUUCAUCAUGUUCCAAUAAGUUAGUCACUGUAGAAAAUCCGGAAGAUGAUGAUUCUCAGUUGACAGAUUUAAUAGCACCAAAUGUCUAUGAAAUAUCUGAAAUAAAAGAUAUUCAAAAUGAUGUUCCAUCUUCAAAAACCAAUUAUCCGAAUAAGCAUUUCAAGGCAAAUAAAGACGAUAAUUUUAAAAAAAUUGAUUUUAUUAGAAAUUUUAAUGAAACUACUGAAGCAGAUGACAAAAUUAUAAAUGAUACUCCAGAAGAAAAAGUCAAAAUGAUGAUUAAUAAUUUGCCUAAAAUUAUCAAAUAUAUAAAUGAAAAAAAAUUAACUUGUAACGUAAGAUAUUUUAAUUUUAAUUAUGCGUCACUGAUACACAGUGCUUAAUUUGAGGGGGGACGGAUUACCCCGACUAAUUUUCAGAAAUUUUAGCAUCCCUCUACUAUUGCUAUGUUAUAAUUAUAACGUUUAACAAGUCUUGGAGACGCUAUUUUCUUUAAAGUAAACAGAGUCCCCCUUCUUUCAUUUUGCCAAGUGAAGCACUACU